AUUUUCCCGUCACUCCUGCACUGCUUAUUUAUAAACCCUAAACUUCAUUACCAAACACGCCGAAUAACACAAAACAAAAAUGAACUUUGACGUGGAGCGGGCCCCGGGCCUAAUGUCCCCGGGUAACACCGAGGGUCAUUAUCUGGCGCAGAGUGGUCUCUCGCUCUACAACUCGGACAAGCGGCCUCGGCGGGACAACUGGGCGACCAUCGCCUAUAUCGCCCUGGCCGCGCUCACAGUGUUCUGGGGCAUUGCUGCGUUUGUGCAUACUGACCCCAACGCCGGUCUCUAUACCCAGGAAUUCUACAACUACAGCUCAACAUGCGAUGUGCAGGCCUAUGCGAACGUGCAUCCGAUUGAGGCAGACGGCAGCGAGAUGAGCGACACGAGCAUGAGUGCGUUUAAGAAGCAGGCCUCAAUCUGGCUGCCCAUCACGGCGGUCCUGGCCAUCCUGGGUUCCUCGCUGUACCUGCUGCUGUUCCGACGCUACGCCAAGCUGAUGGUCAUGGCCACAAUCGUGGGCUCGGUGGGUUUCGGCGUGCUGUUCAGCAUCGUGUGCUUCGCCACCGGCGCAGUGCCCUUCGGCAUCAUCCUGCUCAUCAUGACGGCGCUCACGGCGCUGUUCUACUGGUGGAUUCGGGGCCAGCUGCGCAUGUGCGCAGACCUGCUGGCCAUUGCAGGACGUGGCCUGACCGAGAACCUGGGCCUGGUGCCCGCCGCUCUGGGCAUCAAGCUGGCGGGGCUGUGUGUGCUGGUGUACGGCGCGGCGGGGUUCUUCGCGGCGCUCAACAUCGGGCACGCGGGCCCCUCCAUGUCGGUGGUCAGCUACGUGGACGAGGGCGUGGAGCAGCGCGUGUGCCUGGACGCCGCGCUGAACCAGGUUUCUUGCUGCGCCUUCUACACCAAGGGUUGGGCCGGCGCCUACGCCUUCUUCGCCUGGUGCUUCGUGGCCUGGAGCGCCAUGCUCAUCAUGCAGAUCAAGCUGUACACUGUGGCUGACACGAUGGCUCAGUGGUACUUCUCAGCCGCCUCCGGCGCCAACAGCAGUGCCGCGGUGGGCAGCGCCGCCCAGACCGCCGGCAGCGUCAAGCUGGCGCUCAAGCACUGCCUCACCAGCUCCUUUGGCUCCGUGGCGUUCGCCGCCGCCAUCCUGGCGCUCAUCCGCAUGCUGCGCCGGGCCAUGGAGCGCGCGGCUCGCAACAACGUCAUUUGCUGCAUCCUCAACUGCGUGAUGCAGCCGCUGCUGGCUCUGGCGGAGAAGUUCACUCGCUUCGCCACCAUUGCCUGCGCCAUCACCGGCCAACCCUUCGUGCCCGCCGCCAAAGCUGUAUUCGAUACGCUGAAGCGCAACUUCCUGCAGACCUACUCGCUCUGGUGGGUGCCGGACACGGUGCUCCAGUUCGCGGUGACGCUCAUGUCGCUCACCUGGGCCGGCAUUGUCUUCUUUGCCUCCUACGGUGCCGCCAAGGGCGGGCUGGGCCAGGACGCCUGGGGAAUGGCCUUCGGCGUGGCGUUCUGCGCCUUCGGCAUCAUGUUUUACACGCUGCUGUUCGUGGCGGGGCUGCUGCUGGACGUGGUCAACACGCUGUACAUCUGCUUUGCGCUGGACAAGGACCAGCGCCGCGUGACGCACCCCGAGAUUCAUGCCAUCUACAACCAGGUGCCCGGCCUGGCGGUGCAGCAGCCCGAUGGCAACAUCGUCUACGGCGCCCCCGAGCCCCACCACGCGCCGUCGCCCGCGCAGCCGCCGGCGUACCCCUCCUACCCGCCCGCAGGCGGCUACGCGGCCCCUGGCGGCUACGCGACCGCCACCUACCCCGCGCCGGGCGCCUACCCGGGUGGCCCCUACCCCGGUGGCGGCGCGGCGGACUACGCUUCGUCCUACCCGGCUGCGUACCCGCCCGCGCCCGUGGUGCAGCCGCCGCCGCAGCCAAUUGGCGGCUACGGUGCUGUGCCGUCCAAGGACCAGAUCUAGGGCAGCUGGGCGUGCUGAGCAGCGGUACAAAGGCUAGAGCUACCCGUUUUGUGUAACUGUUUGCUUAGAGCGACAGCUUUUGUGGGUGCGGGGCUAAGGGAGGAUGGGUGGGGGUGGCUGGGUGCUCGAAGCAGGCUCAAGGGAGUGAGCAGCGUUCGCGUGUCACGUGUUAGCAGGCUGGUGGUGCUGGCCGGCUGUGUUUGCAGCCCUGCACAUGAGGACGUUUGCUGCCUUCGUCGGUGCUGAAGGAUAGGAUUCCGGCGGCCCUGGAACUAUUGAGAACGAAUAGAGCUGCCUGGGUUACAGCUUUCUCGGACGGAAACGCACUGUGGUGCAGGGGUGCUGAGGCGCUGAUGAGGGGCGCGCGAGCUGCAGUCAGAAUCGCGGCGCAUGCUGGCGGGGAAUGCUGGGGUACUUGUAGCAAGAACGCAUAUAAGAGUACCUGGUCAUGUAAGGACGACGGUAGAGUUUUCGAACUGGCACCAAGCUGCAAACACAUAC